AUGCCAGUCAAGCAGCUGAAUCAGCUAUGCACAGAAUGCAAGGAGGUUGAAUCCGAGCUUUCGGUUCGCCAGAAGCAGCUUUGUCGCCAUUGCUUUAAACGAUUUAUUAUGCAUAAAGUCCAUAUGCACAUCAAUACCGUCUACAAGUUCCGCAAAGAAAAUAAUGGUGCCCGCCACCAGUUGCUCCUCCCCAUGUCAUUCGGUGUUUCCUCGUCGGUCCUGCUGCACAUGUUGAAUGUCGACUUCCAACGCCGCCUGGACAAUGAGCUUCCCAUGGGCUACGAUCUUCAUAUACUUGUGGUUGAGCCAUCUACAAUUACUGCCAGUUCCCCUUGCGACAAGAACUAUGAAGUACUUCGAAAGAACAACUCUAUGCGCACUAUCAACCGGAUACCAUUUCACAGUAUCUUCGAGCAUGUGCCAGAAAUCGAUGAAAUCAUGCGAGAAUACGCAGGAGCCCACUUUGUGGACGACGUCUCGAAGUCGAAUGAAGAGCGCCUGGCUGCAUUCCGUGCAUCAAUUUCCACAGCUACUUCCCAAACAGACGUUGAGACUGUUUUGCUGACUAGACUCGUCGUUGAACUUGCGAAGAAGUCUGGAUGCACAUCUGUGCUUUGGGGUGAUUCAGACAGCCGUCUCGCUGCCAAAGCACUUGCGGGUGUUGCCAAGGGACGUGGAGCUUCUCUCACUUGGCAGGUAUCAGAUGGCAUGUCUCCAUGGGGAGUGAAGUUCCAAUACCCGCUCCGAGAUCUUUACAAGGCCGAGUUGCUGGACUAUGCGCGUUUCACUCCAGAGCUUUCUGAGAUCAUCGUUCCUGACGAGCCAGCCUCUGAUAAUGUUCUAACCAAGAACCUUUCCAUUGACGAACUGAUGAUGAGGUACGUCGAGAACCAGGGUGCAAAGUACCCUGGUGUCAUGGCGAACGUGGCUAGAACAGCCAACAAACUGGAUCCAUCUGACACCCAAAAUGCGCCUUCCUGUACUCUCUGUGGUGGUCUCCUGGGAAAUGUUAAGGGCAAUGUCGGUGUUACUGUUGCCGGUCAAGCAGAGGAUUGCCAAAGUUCGCAAUUCUGUUACGGGUGUAUGCGAUCUCGCCCUGGGGCACUCUGCUGA